AUGAUCAUUACUGCAGUGCUGUUUUCAUUUCUCGCUCACCUGCAUGUGCAAGCUGCACAACCAUGGAAAGCGUUCGAUCCGGAACAAUCACUGUACGUGUACAAGCGCUGCUAUGAAGAUCACCUUCCAUCGGGCUCGAACAGAAAGACUUACCUCGCAUCGUGGAAUGCUUGGAAGUUGGAACCCAACGAUGCUAUUACCCAAUGUUACGCAAAGUGUGUUCUGAUCGGAUUGCAAAUCUACGACGAGAAGGAAAACGCAUUUAAGUCCGAGAGGAUUCCUGUCCAGCACAACGCAUACAAAUCCCUUAACCAGGCCAGCUCAAGGGAAGUCUCUGCGUAUCUGUGUCGUAACUGUGUCGAUCUGUACAAUGCAUAUCUACCGGUACACAACCGAUUCGUGGAUCUUUCCCGUAAACUGUACCACGGUACGGUUGACGGUGCCGCUAGAAUUUACGCCGCAAUGCCUCAAAUCAAGCAAAAAGGUGAAUCGUACCAUGCGUACUGUGAAAAACGCGCAUGGAAUGGUAGAAAAAAGUCUGACAUGAAGAAGGCCCGCAAUUACGUACUAACUGGCAGUCCGGAACUGAAGAAAGCGAUCGAUUGCAUUUUCCGUGGAUUGCGCUAUAUGGAUGACAAUGGAUUGAAGGUUGAUGAGAUCGUGCGUGAUUUUAAUCUGAUCAACAAGAGCGAACUGGAACCCGAGGUCCGAUCAGUGUUGGCCAGCUGCCGGGGAAGUGACGCGUACGACUAUUACUCCUGCCUGGUUAACAGUUCCCUUAAGGAAGACUUCAAGAAGGCGUUCGAUUUCCACGAACUUCGUUCUGCGGACUACGCUUAUCUGCUGCGAGGAAAAGUGUACGAAGGUCCGGAGAAGGUUAGGGAGGAAAUGAAGAAUCUAAACACUACCGUUCACUUCUAG